AUGCCUGGCCUCUACAAGCAGCUGGAGUUCCAGGCUCUGCAAGUGUUCCCACUCUUCCUGGUAUCCAGCCCUGGUAAUCACCAAAACCUGGUGCAAUGUGGACUCCUGUUCCCAGAGCAGAUCUAUCGGAUUAUUUAUAAUUUUGCAAGGAGGAUCCAGAACAAAAUCAAAGAUCUUCUACAGCAAAUGGAAGAAGGGCUGAAGACAGCUGAUUCACAUGAUUGCUCUACCUAUACUGGUUGGACAAGCAUAGCCCUUUUGUACCUGCAGUUGUACCGAGUCACGUGUGACCAGACCUACCUGCUCCGAUCCCUGGAUUACGUAAAGAGGACCCUUCGGAAUCUGAAUGGCCGCAAGGUCACUUUCCUCUGUGGAGAUGCUGGGCCCCUUGCUGUAGGAGCUGUGGUAUAUCAUAAACUCAAAAGUGAUUGUGAAUCCCAGGAAUGCAUCUCAAAACUUUUGCAGCUCCAGAGAACCAUUGUCUGCCAAGACUCAGAGCUUCCCGAUGAGCUGCUCUAUGGACGGGCAGGGUACCUGUAUGCCUUACUCUACCUGAAUACAGAGAUCGGUCCAGGCACCGUGUGUGAGUCUGCUGUUAAAGAGGUUGUCAAUGCUGUUAUUGAAUCAGGCAAAGCCUUGUCAAGGGAAGAAAGGAAGGCUGAGCGCUGUCCCCUGUUAUACCAGUGGCACAGGAAGCAGUAUGAUGGUGCUGCUCACGGCAUGACUGGGAUCUACUACAUGCUACUGCAGCCAUCAGCAAAAGUGGACCAAGAAACCUUGACAGAAAUGGUGAAACCUAGUAUUGAUUAUGGGCACCACAAAAGAUUCCAAUCUGGGAAUUAUCCAUCUUCAUUAAGCAGUGAAACAGAUCGAUUGGUCCACUGGUGCCACGGUGCUCCAGGUGUCAUCCACAUGCUUAUGCAAGCCCACAAGGUUUUUAAAGAGGAAAAAUACCUGAAGGACGCCAUGGAGUGCAGUGAUGUGAUAUGGCAGCGAGGCCUGCUGCGGAAGGGCUAUGGCAUCUGCCAUGGGACUGCAGGAAAUGGCUAUGCUUUCCUUUCCCUUUACCAUCUUACGCAAGAUAAAAAGUACCUCUACCGAGCUUGCAAGUUUGCAGAGUGGUGUCUUGAGUAUGGAGCACAUGGGUGCCGCAUUCCCGACAGACCCUAUUCUCUCUUUGAAGGAAUGGCCGGUGCGAUUCACUUUCUCUCUGACAUCUUGGCACCAGAGACCUCGCGGUUUCCAGCGUUUGAGCUCAGCUCUUCACAGAGGGAUGAGAAAGUGCAGGGAGACUAGAGGCCUGUUUGGGCCCAGAGCUACCAGAUUGCUGAACACUGGGCAUAGAACCAACUGCAAAUCCUGAGAAAAAGGAGAAGAAACACCCUCACAGGCCCCCUUGUGUCGCAAAGACCCUCAAGUUAAGAGCAUGAGUGACAGAAACCAUCCCAUCAGUGUUUUGUAACAAGCGUUCCCCUUGUCGGUGUUGGACAUGAAAUAUGCACACCCAAUUCUCUGUAGCAUUUGCAUGUUUCUUGGUGUGUGUUUGUAAGUUGUUCUAAACAGAAAGCCCUUCUCUUCCCCAGAGCCAGGAGCUGUCUUUACAUGGGAGCAGGCGGCAACCCCUCCUCAGUAGAUGAUUCCUGAAGAGGGGUGUCUGCUGUGUUGACAAACAGGAAGUCAGGUGGUGUCUCUCUUCUGUAUGGGGAAGAUUCUCUAACGUGAUAGCCUAGUGAUAAUACUUUUUUCAGCAUUUCUUUGGGGAACCUUUCAGAUGAGCAGGAGGAAGAAACCACUCCAAAACCUGAAAAGAAACAGAACAGAUGGGAGGGGAAUGGUUGGGGGUGUAAGCCUUUCCGCACAGUAGUUGAACUCUUCCUCUUUGUAUUUCAAGCUCACCUUAGUGUCUUUAAGAGCUGAAUGGAGGGCACUGUAGCCCUCCUAGAACCCCCCCCCCCCCCCCCCCGUUCUCAGCAGAGGUCAGGCGCUCUGUGUGAAGUUCCAGAGGCUCCUUGCAGUCCAAGGCCACAGCUGCCCUUGGGGGUGGGCUUCAUGGCAUCAGCGACAGCAGUCCAGGGAAGCCUUUUCAUGGUGACAUUGUACGUCAGGUAGCAGUGACUGAGAAUUGGCAAUUUUGGAUUCUGUGUGUAUUAUUAGAACAGACUGUACCUCAAUUUUGUCAACAUUGUAACUUACUGUUCUAAGUUCAAUGAUACAAUUCCAGAUGGGUGAUAAAUAGGAAAAUUUUCAGCUCUUCCCCUGUCCCUGCAAUUAAACUUAUUUCAAAAUA